AUGCCUUCACCGUCAUCAUCUUCUGCUUCUUCAUCAUGUUCCGUUCUUCCUCCGGCAAGUAUCGAGCAGAUUCUGAGAAUUCGAGCUGAAAGGAAUCAAAGGACUCCGAAAUGUGCAAGAUGCAGGAAUCAUGGAACUGUUUCCGCUCUGAAAGGUCACAAACGUUACUGUCGAUGGAAGGAUUGUAUGUGUGCAAAGUGUACUCUGAUUGCUGAAAGACAACGUGUCAUGGCUGCCCAAGUGGCACUUCGUCGUCAGCAGUCUCAAGAGGAAAAAGAUGCGAGAGAUCUGGAAAUCCUCUUAGGAUCGACUGGAAGUGCCAAUGAACUUCUCGAUAUUCUUCGUCGUGAUCCUUCAGAUCAACGUCCGCAAAACCUGGCAUCUCCCAACAACAAUAAUAAUAAUGAAGAAAAAGACGAUGAUUCUCAAGGGAUGCGUAGCUCGCCGAGCUCUCCAACUGGUUCGGAGACUAUAAUCAGCAAUUCAUCUCCACCAACAUUGUCAUCGGAUUCAACUUCAAGCAACAGUUCUGGAGUGAUUUCAAACAGUCCGAUUUUCAAUAAUAACGGAUUUUCACAAAUGCCAAUGCUCAAUCCAAUGAUGUAUAAUAGACACAUUAUGCGUUUUCCAAUGAUUUCAGUGAUGCAUCCCUUCGGAUUCCCAGUUCCAGCAAUGGCUGACUUCGCAUCUGCCGCCAGUCUCGCUGCUCCUCCACAAUUCUUUCCACCACAAACUACAGUAUCCCUUGGCACGUCACAAUCCAACACAAUCUUUCCACAAACUGCUCCGCUGGAUUGUAGUCAUCGAUUCCUGAAGAGCGAAGAAGCGGAAGAAGAAUUCAGAGAGAAUGGAGAAGCUGUUAAUUAA